AUGUCUUUGGAGAGUAAAAAACGUAAGCCAAACUGGACUGAUGAUGAAAUGAAAAUUCUAACAUCUUGUGUAAUUGAAAACAAAGAUGUAUUAUUUGCAAAACUGUCGGCUUCAGUGACAAACGAGAAAAAGAAAGCUGUAUGGGAAGACAUCGCAAAGCAAAUAAAUUCUUCUUCUGCCUUGUGCAAGAGGGAAACAGCAGAAAUAAAAAAGAAAUGGAAAGAUGCAAGAUCCAUUGUAAAGAAGAAAGAAGCCAGUAGAAAAUACCAGACGAAGAGAACGGGCGGAGGGCCUCCCCCGGAAUCUAUUUUGUCAAUUAUACCGGAUAAACUUAUCUCUAGGAUUGACGGAGGGGUUGAUACUGCCUUUGCCAGUAAUUCUGAAACAAGUACUAACACGGCUAGCGACCCUGACGCUGAGUUUAUACUGAAUUUGAUAGGAGUGAAGGAGAGGAGAGUCAUCGCAGAGGAGAGAAAAGCAGAUGCCCUAGAGAGAAUAGCGGCGGCAUUUGAAAACAAAUUUGGCAUUUAA